AAUUCUAAACGAAGCUCAAGAUACCACCAUACCACAUUGAACCGAUUAGACUGGCGGUAGUAGCUGUAGAACACAAAGGUCUUUGUUUCUCGUUCUCUAUCCUUAUGAUAUGUAUGUAUGUGUGUUCUGUGCUUGUAAUCUCACUCUGUUGAUCUUCAUCCAGUUCAACAAUUAGCAAGCUGCAAGUGGAAUUGAUCUGAAAAGUUGCGAGGGAAAGCUGUUUUAAACAACCUCAUCUGAUGCAAUCAUGAGACAACGCCCAUUACCCACGCGCGGCCGUGGCUCGCCGUACGCGCGGCCACCGCCUCCUCCACGGUUCGAAGAGCCUUUCAACAUAAUCCCCAUCAACAACCUCCUAACCGACCACCCUUCCCUCCGGUUCCCAGAGGUACGCGCCGCCGCCGCCGCCCUACGUGCAGUCGGGGACCUCCGGAGACCACAAUUCCGCACAUGGGCCAACGGCAUGGACCUCAUGGACUGGCUCGGGGCCUUCUUUGGGUUCCAGAACGACAACGUUCGUAACCAAAGAGAGCACUUGGUACUCCACUUAGCUAACUCUCAAAUGCGCGUCAAACCGCAGCCGACAAUCCCCGACGACCUCGAUCCGCCGGUCCUCCGCCGCUUCCGCCGCAAACUCCUCCAAAACUAUACCUCUUGGUGCUCCUACCUCGGCCGGAAAUCAAACGUGCAGCUCUCGAAUCACCGCGAUUCCGACCUCCUCCGCCGCGAACUGUUGUACGUAUGUCUCUAUCUCUUGAUCUGGGGCGAAGCCGGAAAUGUCCGCUUCGUCCCUGAAUGUAUAUGCUAUAUAUAUCACCAUAUGGCCAUGGAGCUUAACCAAGUUCUUGACGAGCAUAUUGAUGAUUUUACGGGCGCUCCUUUUCUUCCCUCAACUUUGGGAGAAAAUGGUUUCUUGAACCGUGUAAUUAUGCCCAUUUACCAGACAAUUAGGGGCGAAGUCGAGAGGAGUCGAAAUGGGACUGCUCCGCAUUCGGCUUGGAGGAACUAUGAUGAUGUGAAUGAGUACUUUUGGAGUAGAAGGUGUUUUCGGAGGCUCAAGUGGCCCAUUGAUGUUGAAAGUAAAUUUUUAGCAACAAAUAGUGAAAAGAGAGUAGGGAAGACUGGGUUUGUUGAGCAAAGGACAUUUUGGAAUGUGUUUAGGAGCUUUGAUCGGUUGUGGGUUCUGUUGAUUUUGUUUUUACAGGCUUCAAUUAUUGUUGCUUGGGAGGGUACAGAGUUCCCAUGGCAAGCAUUUGAGCAGAAUCCCGAUGUGAAGGUUGAAUUACUCACUGUUUUUAUCACUUGGGCGGGUCUUCGAAUUAUCCAAUCAGUGCUUGAUGCUGGAACACAGUAUAGUUUGGUUACCAGGGAGACUGUGUGGCUUGGCGUGAGGAUGGUGCUUAAGGGCAUGGUUGCUGUGACUUGGACUAUUGUGUUUGGGGUAUUCUAUGGGUUAAUUUGGAGACAAAAGAAUGCUGAUGGGAGGUGGUCGGAUGAGGCAAAUGAUCAGAUUAUUAGGUUUCUUUGGGCUGCCUUUGUGUUUGUCAUCCCAGAGUUGCUAGCAUUGGUUCUUUUUAUUCUUCCAUGGAUUAGGAAUGUCAUUGAAGAAACAAACUGGAUGAUUUUUUACAUGAUGACAUGGUGGUUUCAAACACGAAUCUUUGUGGGUCGCGGGAUAAGGGAAGGGCUUGUUAGCAACAUAAAAUACACUCUCUUCUGGAUUGCAGUAUUGCUUUCGAAAUUCUCAUUCAGUUACUUCCUUCAAAUCAAGCCCUUGGUCAGCCCGACAAAGUAUCUCUUGAAUGAAAAGGAUAUAAAAUACAAAUUUCAUCAAUUUUUUAAUGGUAGCAAUAGAACAGCAGUUGUAUUGAUGUGGAUUCCAGUUGUUCUGAUAUACCUAAUAGAUAUGCAAAUCUGGUAUUCAAUUUUUUCCUCUCUUGUUGGCGGUACUAUUGGGUUGUUCUCACAUUUAGGCGAGAUCCGAAAUAUCCAACAGCUGAGGCUUAGGUUCCAGUUCUUUGCUAGUGCAUUGCAGUUUAAUCUCAUGCCAGAGGAUCUGCCCAUGAGUUCAACCCCGACCUUGGUGCACAAGCUCCGUGAUGCAAUCCAUCGAUUGAAGCUACGAUACGGGCUUGGUCUCUACAAGAAGAUUGAAUCAAGCGAGGUGGAAGCAACCAGAUUUGCCUUAAUAUGGAAUGAAAUUAUUAUAACUUUCCGGGAAGAAGAUCUCAUCAGUGACCGAGAACUGGAGCUUAUAGAAUUGCCACCUAACUGUUGGCAGAUUAGUGUUAUUCGUUGGCCAUGCUUUCUCCUGUGCAAUGAGUUGCUUCUCGCUCUGAGACAGGCAGCAGAACUGUCUGAUAAACUUGAUCUCUGGGUUUGGUUUAAGAUAUGCAAGAAUGAGUAUAGGCGGUGUGCGGUAAUUGAAGCCUAUGAUAGCAUCAGGUACUUGCUUCUUGAGAUUGUUAAAUAUGGCACUGAAGAGCAUUCCAUUGUUACAAAAUUGUUCAUGGAGAUUGAUAAUAAUAUUAAGGGUGAAAAGUUCACAAGGAACUACAAGUUGACUAUUCUACCAAAAAUUCAUGCUCAAUUGAUAUCUCUUAUUGAUCUUUUGCUGAUACCUGAGAAAGAUACAAGUAAGGUGGUCAAUGUAUUGCAGGCCUUGUAUGAACUUUCUGUUCGAGAAUUUCCCUGGGUGAAGAAGUCCACUGAACAGUUGAGGCAUGAAGGCCUGGCACCUCUUAAUCGAACCACUGAUGCAGGGCUGCUUUUUGAGAAUGCUGUUCAACUUCCCGAUGAUGAGGAUGAUUUCUUCUAUAAGCAGCUGCGACGGUUGAAGACUAUUCUUACCUCUAGAGAUUCGAUGCACAAUGUUCCAAAAAAUCGUGAGGCAAGACGGCGCAUCGCGUUUUUUAGCAAUUCACUUUUUAUGAACAUUCCGCGUGCUCCCAAGGUUGAGAACAUGAUGGCUUUUACUGUUCUGACUCCUUACUAUGAUGAAGAAGUUGUGUUCGGGAAAGAAAGUCUUCGAAGUCCAAAUGAGGAUGGUAUUUCCACCUUGUUUUAUCUGCAAAAGAUUUAUGAAGAUGAAUGGAUGAAUUUUAUGGAGAGGAUGCGUAGAGAAGGAAUGCAGGAUGACAAUGAAAUCUGGUCAAUUAAAGCAAGGGAUCUCCGCCUUUGGGCGUCAUACAGAGGCCAGACUCUAUCCCGGACUGUAAGGGGAAUGAUGUAUUACUACAGGGCUCUCAAAAUGCUUGCCUUUCUGGAUUCUGCAUCUGAGAUGGACAUACACCAGAGAUCGCAAGAAAUUGCUUCGCUUGGUUCAGUGAGGCAGAACAGCAAUUUGGAUGGUUUGGGUAACGGUGCGGCGCCUGCUUCUCGCAAUCUCAACCGAGCAAGUACUGGUGUAAGUCUUCUGUUUAAAGGGAAUGAGUUUGGGUAUGCUCUGAUGAAAUUCACAUAUGUGGUCACAUGCCAAAUUUAUGGGUAUCAGAAGGCGAAGGGUGACGCCCGUGCUGAGGAUAUUUUAUAUCUGAUGAAAAACAACGAAGCCCUUCGGGUUGCUUAUGUUGAUGAGGUUUAUUUGGGAAGAGACGAAGUGCAGUAUUACUCCGUUCUUGUCAAGUACGACCAGCAACUGAAGAAAGAGGUGGAAAUCUAUCGCAUUAGGUUGCCUGGUCCACUGAAACUUGGGGAGGGUAAACCAGAGAAUCAGAACCAUGCCAUUAUCUUCACACGGGGAGAUGCAGUUCAAACUAUUGACAUGAACCAAGACAAUUGUUUUGAGGAGGCACUCAAGAUGCGGAAUUUAUUGGAAGAAUUUAAAACCUACUAUGGUAUCAGGAAACCAAGCAUUUUGGGAGUUCGUGAAAAUAUUUUCACAGGUUCUGUAUCAUCACUUGCUUGGUUCAUGUCUGCUCAGGAAAUGUGUUUUGUGACACUAGGGCAGCGUGUUCUGGCAAACCCGCUCAAGGUGAGAAUGCACUAUGGUCAUCCAGAUGUGUUCGACAGGUUCUGGUUCCUGACCCGGGGUGGCAUCAGCAAGGCUUCUAGAGUUAUCAAUAUUAGUGAGGACAUAUUUGCUGGCUUCAAUUGCACACUGCGAGGCGGCAAUGUAACACACCAUGAAUACAUACAAGUGGGUAAGGGAAGGGAUGUUGGAUUGAAUCAGAUCUCCAUGUUUGAGGCAAAGGUUUCUAGUGGCAACGGUGAGCAGGUUUUGAGCAGAGAUGUAUACAGGUUGGGUCAUAGACUGGACUUUUUCCGUAUGCUUUCAUUCUUCUACACUUCUGUGGGAUCCUACUUCAACACUAUGAUGGUGGUUGUUACUGUCUAUACAUUUUUGUGGGGUCGCCUCUAUCUUGCUCUCAGUGGUGUUGAGAACGAUUCUAUCAACAAUAAUGCCCUUGGUGCAAUCCUGAAUCAGCAGUUCAUUAUCCAGAUGGGACUGUUCACUGCCCUUCCAAUGAUCGUGGAGAACUCUCUGGAGCAUGGAUUCCUUCAGGCAAUCUGGGACUUUUUAACAAUGCAAUUGCAACUUGCUUCAUUAUUUUACACUUUCUCUAUGGGAACUCGUACACAUUUCUUUGGACGCACCAUUCUUCAUGGGGGUGCUAAGUACCGAGCCACAGGGCGUGGUUUUGUUGUGCAACACAAGAGCUUUGCUGAGAACUAUAGACUGUACUCUCGCAGCCAUUUCGUGAAGGCAAUUGAACUCGGGGUGAUUCUGAUAGUGUAUGCUGCGCAUAGCUCCGUGGCUAGGGAUACUUUUGUCUACAUAGCUAUGUCUAUCUCAAGUUGGUUUCUUGUUGUGUCGUGGAUAAUGUCCCCUUUUGUGUUCAACCCUUCUGGCUUUGAUUGGUUAAAAACUGUGUAUGACUUUAAUGAUUUCUUGAACUGGAUAUGGUAUAAAGGAGGAGCAGUUUUUGCAAAGGCAGAUCAGUGCUGGGAAACAUGGUGGUAUGAGGAACAGGACCAUUUGAGAACAACUGGCAUUUGGGGAAAGUUGUUAGAGAUAAUUAUAGAUCUUCGUUUCUUCUUUUUCCAGUAUGGGAUUGUCUACCAGUUGAACAUUACUGGUGAUAACACCAGUAUUGCUGUUUACUUGCUAUCCUGGAUCUACAUGGUUGUGGCCGUUGCUAUUUAUGUGGUCAUGGCAUAUGCUGGGGACAAGUAUGCUCCAACAAAGCACAUCUACUAUCGGCUGAUUCAGCUACUUGUCAUUGCGCUUUCAGUACUUGUUAUUUUUCUGUUUCUAGAGUUCACCGACCUUGUAUUUCUCGAUCUCAUCACGAGCGUGUUGGCAUUCGUCCCCACGGGAUGGGGGCUUAUACUUAUUGCGCAGGUGCUCAGGCCUUUUCUGCAGUCCACUGUGGUGUGGGGGACUGUUGUUUCCUUGGCUCGGCUGUAUGAUAUGAUGUUCGGGUUGAUUGUUAUGGUUCCUUUGGCAAUGCUAUCAUGGAUGCCUGGAUUCCAGUCAAUGCAGACAAGGAUCCUAUUCAACGAAGCAUUCAGCAGGGGUCUCCAGAUUUCUCGUAUUCUUACUGGCAAAAAAUUCAACUAUGACAUGUAACUUGAGGUUUUCUGGUGGGACUAGGUGUAGAACAUUAAGACAAGACUGCCGGUUAUGGCAAAGGACGCUGCUUUAUGUAGCAACCAUAUCAAUUGACCAUGGAGGAGGUUUGGAAUUUUUCUGUCUCCUUUGAACAACUGGGUUUAUUCCUAUUUUCAUCUGUAAUCACCCCACUUCAGUGUAAUUAAGCAAUUGAUAGGAAAACUUUCGGUUCAUGUAUGUUCAUCGCCCCCUUUUUUUGUCCAUGAUAUAAUUUGUACAUAUCAUCAAUAUCUAAUGCAUCUUACUUUAUUCUUAUUCA